UGCUGCCCCGCUGCCGAUCGGGCGGGGAGAUGGCGGCGGUGCUGUGGCGCGGAGCGGCCGGGCUUCUUAGCAGAUUGCAGACUUCAGCUCCCACAGUACCAACUCUAUCAUCAUCAAAGUCCUUUUCACAAAACAUUCCAAACUGUUUAUGGAAACUGGGCCGACUUAAUCACGUGGCAAUUGCAGUGCCUGAUUUGGAGAAAGCUCAGUCCUUGUAUAAAGAUGUGUUAGGAGCCCAGGUGAGUGAGAUUGUUGCUCUUCCUGAACAUGGUGUCUACACUGUUUUUGUGGAGCUGGGAAAUACCAAGCUGGAACUUCUACAUCCAUUAGGAGAGAAAAGUCCCAUUGCAAGCUUCCUACAAAAAAACAAGACUGGAGGAAUGCAUCAUAUCUGCAUUGAGGUUGAUGACAUAAAAGCGGCUAUGACAGAACUGAAGAAAAAAAAGAUACGAAUAUUGAGUGAAGAGCCAAAAAUAGGUGCACAUGGCAAACCUGUGAUUUUUCUUCACCCUAAAGAUUGCCAUGGAGUCCUUGUGGAACUUGAGCAAGCUUGAGCUGCAAUAUUCAUAAAUAAAACAAUAGAAGAGUUGUGAAGUUCCUGAACUGCUGCUGGGAAUAUUGAUGUGGUAUUCAGUCUUUACUAGUUCAGUGUAGUUCCCAUGGAUGAAGUACAGCUUUUGAGUACUGAAAUAGUGCUACACAUUUAGGGUCUUUGUUGUUGCUGAUCUGAUUUUCAGAAUUAAUAUGUUGUCAUUUCUUGAAUUAUCUGUAAUUCUAAACACAAAUACAUGAGCUAAGUUACAUAUGUGCCAUAAUUUAUCUUUUGUUGCCUGUUUGCAGCAUGAUUUUAGCUCUGUAGCCACAGAAACUGUACAGUUUCUAGGUCAAGCUACAUUAUUUUGCUCCACAUUUCAGAGCAGAGACCCACUUCUCAGUGACAACAAUACAGCUUAGACAUUUUUGUUAGAAAUGAAGGAAAACAAACGUGUUUUCUGUUUUCACCAUUCACCAUCUGUGCUUCACACUGAUUGAUUGGUUCAUGCAAUAAAAAAACAUAUAUUAUUGUA